AGGUCGGAGCGGAGCGGAGCGGGAAGGUGAGGCCAGGCGGUGUGUUGGAAGUCGGGAUCACGUGUGUCAGCGUCCGGGAAGAAGAGAGCAGUCCAGCAGUGGGAGCCUCUGCCGCAGCGCUACGGCUCUCCUCCUCCAAGCAACACACUGGGACACAUUUCUGCCGUAGCUUUUUUUUUUUUUUUUUUUUUUUUUUUUUUUUUUUUUUUUUUUUACAUAUGAGCGCCAGUCCGCCCUUCGGGACUCCAUCGGGACUAAGAAGUGCGAAGACGGCACGGGAAGCCCCGUGUUAGCCAGAGGAGCGAUGGUUUGGCCAAAAUAAGCCCGACUUUCUGUCGCCAGAGAGGGAAACUUAAAACAAGUCCUGGUUUUCGGGAGUCCCACCGCCCCUCCGCUCUCCCCGUAGGAUUUGAUUCAAAGGCGAAUCCAAGAUGGCUGCUGAUUCCGUGCAGGGGGAUGCCAGGGCCCAACUGGUGGCAGAGCGACUCGGUCUUGGACAGAACCUUGACCUGUCUGACACCAUGGUCCAGCAGAAGCUGGAGGAGAUCAAGGAGCAGAUCCGCCGUGAGAUCCGGAAGGAGUUAAAGAUCAAAGAGGGGGCAGAGAACCUGCGCAAGGUCACCACAGACAAGAAGAGCCUGGCUUAUGUGGACAAUAUGCUAAAGAAAUCUAACAAGAAGGUGGAAGAGCUUCACCAGGAACUACAAGAACUAAAUGCUCACAUUGUGGUCAAAGAUCCAGAAGAACUUUCAGAGUGCCCUUUGACCCCAGAUACUCCAAGCAGUGAAGCCAGAACGUGCACGAGCAACAGCCGCCUGGCCGCCUUAAAGCGGCAGAAUGACAUCGAGCUGAAGGUGAAGCAGGGAGCCGAGAACAUGAUUCAGAUGUACUCCAACGGCUCCUCCAAGGAUCGCAAGUUACUCGCAGCUGCUCAGCAGAUGCUUCAGGACAGCAAGACGAAGAUCGAGUUUAUCAGGAUGCAGAUCCUUAAGGCCAGCCAGGCCACUGAAAUGAGCUUUGAGAGCAACGACAUGAUGGACAAGUCCAUCAUCAGUCCUUUAGACCUGCGGGUGGAGGAGCUGUGUCACCAUGCCAAGAUAGAGUCUGCAGUAGCAGAGGGAGCAAAGAACGUCAUGAAACUCCUGGGCUCUGGAAAAGUCACAGAAAAGAAAGCUCAUUCAGAGGCUCAGGCUCGCUUUACCGAGUCCAGUCAGAAGCUGGACCUGCUGCGUUAUUCAUUGGAACAGCGUCUCAGCGAGUUGCCAAAAAACCAUCCUCGCAGCAGCGCCAUCAUAGAGGAGCUGUCUCUGCUGUCUUCCCCGGCCCUCAGCCCCAGGUCCAGCUUCAUCUCCACACAGAACCAGUACAGCACCGUCACCAAGCCUGCAGCGCUCACAGGCACGUUAGAUGUCAGACUUAUGGGUUGCCAAGACCUUCUGGAAAAUGUCCCCGGCCGUUCCAAAGCAGCCCCCAGCCCGCUGCCUGGCUGGAGCCCCAGCGAGACGCGCUCAUCCUUCAUUAGCCGAGCAAACAGAAACCGAGGUGUGAGCUCCAGGAACCUAACAAAGAGUGAAGAGGUCUCCAACGAGAUCAGCGCUGUCCUGAAGUUGGACAACACAGUAGUUGGACAGACGAGCUGGAGGCCCGUCAGCAACCAAGCCUGGGACCAGAAGUUUACACUGGAGCUGGAUCGGUCUCGAGAGCUGGAGAUCUCUGUGUACUGGCGCGACUGGCGAUCCCUCUGCGCUGUCAAGUUCCUGAGGCUGGAGGACUUCCUGGACAACCAGCGUCAUGGAAUGUGUCUGUACCUGGAGCCACAGGGGAUGCUGUUUGCUGAGGUAACGUUUUUCAAUCCCGUCAUUGAGAGAAGACCAAAGCUGCAAAGGCAAAAAAAGAUUUUCUCUAAACAACAAGGCAAGACUUUCCCACGAGCCCCCCAGAUGAACAUCAACAUCGCCACCUGGGGCCGGCUGAUGAGAAGAGCCAUACCCAAUCUCAGCACCAACUCCUUCAGCCCCCAGGCCCCCGACAUGGGGCAUGGCAGCGUGCCUGGUUCCCCCACACCCAGCAGCUAUUCACUGGUGACCAAGCUGGAUUUUGACAAAGACUCCACACCAGGACCCAAACAUUACGCGGCACCUGACGACGCCAGAGAACCGCCUGCUCAGAGCAAAAUGCCCAACAAGGAGGAAGUGGAGAAUGCACUAAGUGAAUUCAACUUCCUCAACAAGAGAAUCAGCACGGUGCUGGAACCAGACUCAGACGGCGGGCUGGAAGCGGAGUUCCAGCAUCCAGACCUGGAGCUCACCUCCAUCCAGAAGGAUGCAGAGAUAAGGGAAGAAGAGCAGUUCCACUUCAGUCUCCAGGAUUUUAAAUGUGUGGCAGUCCUUGGACGUGGUCACUUUGGAAAGGUGCUGUUAUCAGAAUAUAAAAGCACAGGCGAGAUGUUUGCCAUUAAAGCUUUGAAGAAAGGAGACAUUGUGGCCCGAGAUGAGGUUGACAGUCUGAUGUGCGAGAAGAGGAUUUUUGAGACGGUCAACAGCGUCCGCCACCCGUUCCUGGUCAACCUGUUUGCGUGCUUCCAGACGUCGGAACAUGUUUGUUUUGUUAUGGAGUACGCAGCGGGGGGCGACCUGAUGAUGCACAUCCACGCUGACGUGUUCUCGGAGCCCCGGGCCAUAUUUUAUGCAGCAUGUGUUGUUUUGGGAUUACAGUUCUUACAUGACCACAAGAUUGUGUACAGAGACCUGAAGCUGGAUAAUCUGCUCCUGGACACAGAGGGAUACGUGAAGAUUGCUGACUUUGGCCUUUGCAAAGAAGGAAUGGGUUUCCGGGACCGCACGAGCACGUUUUGUGGCACGCCCGAGUUUCUGGCUCCGGAGGUUUUAACGGAAACCUCGUACACCCGCGCUGUGGACUGGUGGGGGCUGGGCGUCCUCAUCUUUGAGAUGCUGGUUGGAGAGUCGCCGUUUCCCGGUGAUGAUGAGGAGGAGGUGUUUGACAGCAUCGUCAACGACGAAGUGCGCUACCCACGGUUCCUUUCCACCGAGGCCAUCUCCAUCAUGAGGAGGCUUUUGAGGAGGAGCCCGGAGCGCCGUCUGGGAGCAGGAGAAAGGGACGCAGAGGAAGUUAAGAAGCAUCUGUUCUUCAGGACCACAGAUUGGGACGGGUUGUUGGCCAAGAAGGUGAAGCCACCAUUUGUGCCCACCAUCCAGGGCACCAACGACGUCAGCAACUUCGACGAUGAAUUUACCUCAGAGGCUCCGAUCCUGACCCCUCCCAGAGAACCCCGAGUUCUGAGCUCGGAGGAGCAGAACCUGUUUUCUGACUUUGAUUACAUCGCUGACUGGUGUUAGCUCCAUCAUCAGAGACGCACACAUACACACACACACAACACACACUGUGAACUAAACAGCUCAGCAAUGACUAGAGCUCACUUUUCUCUUUUUUUUUUUUUUUUACAAACAAAAAAACAAUCUUUCCUCCUCCCUGCCCAAAAAGUUGAGAGAACAAUGCUUCUGGCUCCCUGAGCCUUCAACCCGAAACUGUGCCAUUGAGAAGAAAAUCUAGAUGACCUACAAGGACCUCAGUUAUUUUUUAAUCCACAUGAGAUAUUUUUUUUUAAAAGAAGAAAUGAAUGGAAUUGUGUUGGAUUGAAGGUGGGGGGGGGGGGGGGAUAUCCUGCACAGAUCGUCGUGUCCGUUCACUGACCACUGAGAAUGUUUUACAUAUGGACUGAGAAGACGGCACCAUUACAAUCACAUUAUUCAGUGUUGCUGUCUUCAGACCUUUUUUUUUUUUUUUUUUAACAUGUACAGAUUAUAUUCAGUCACAUAUUUUAUGUGCUAUUUUAUGUGCUCUUGUAAAAGCCUCAGCAUGGAUCAUAUCUGAAGCUGGUGUUGAGUGUAAGCUUUGUCACUGAACGGUCAGCCACAGCAAACAUCAUGACUACUACAGCUGUUUCCUGACUUGAAAAGACCACGUGAGCCCGUUUCAUACGCUUCCCCAUCGACGAUAAAGACCAGUUCAACCAGUGACUUCUACUCCCCCCCCCCCCAAAGUUUGAAUGUCAUUACUUUAAAUGCUUUAAUUAGAAGUAUUAGGAAGCAUUUCAGUGUGAUGCCUCCUCUGGGCCCACUAGGGGGCAGCAGCGGUAAGGGAGAUGAUGAUAAACUGAAAAUUCAGCUGAGCUCAGCUCUUCACUGUUUGGUUUUACAGCAUGUUGUAUUAUCCCCAGCCAGUUGUGAUGGACUUGACUUUUCCCAAUAAUACCUCAGUGAAACCAGCGCACCAAAAACCGACUUUGUUUUUCUGCCUUUCUUGGCAAAACGGAGACACUGCAUCCAGAUUUUUCACGUCAAAAUGUCAUUAAAGCAAGUGCUUCCUACAUAAAUCUGGCUGGAUUCUUCCAGCAGACUUCCUGUCAGUUUGCAUGUUUAAUAUGACCAAUUCGACGUUUCAGACCCACUUAUGAAUCACUACAGAGGGGCAGGGGGUAUAUUUUAAGCAUACUGUAUGUCCACAGGUAAGCUGAAAGCACUAAUUUUAUCAACUUUAUCUCCGUUUCUUAAUUAUGGAAAUAGAUUGUACAAAGUGUUUUUUGUUUUUUUUUUAUGUGUUUGUGCAUGUUGUUUCCAGAACAGCUAUAAACUGUAUGGAUGGUACAAAUGACCCAAAUCACAGCUGGUAUCCAUCAUCCUGAUGUAUAAUGUAAAAAGAAGGCAUCUUUACAGUCACUGUUACCUAUCAUGAAUGCACAAAUUAAACAUUUGUAAUAUUU